AUUGGCGGGUGAAGUCCUGUCAGAGCAGUAGGAAUGAACAUCUCCCCCAUAAAAGUGUACGCCACAUUACUAAAAUCUUAAGCCGCUGUCAAUAAAGUUUCUUGAAGGAAAAAAAAAACGUGGGAGAGUUGUAGAGGCUGCAGACUGACUGACGGGAAGCGCUGCACUGAGCGCAACAGGCGGCUGGGAGCGGCGGUGGCGGAAGCGACAAGUGGAUGCCCGCCCGGUGGGUGCUGCCAGUUCCCUGCGCCGUAACAACACGGCCGGCUCGUGUAUGGAGUUUCCGCUGCUUCGUGUCACCUAUGUAGACGGUAAGUGACAGAUGCCAGAAGUGCAGGUAUUCUUAUCUUGUUGUGUUUAGAAAAUGAAUGAACUGAAAUAUAAGUUUGAGAGUAUAACACCAACCGCAUUGCAUAUCCAUGCAGAGAUUACAACAGCAAGCUUUUAUGCAUGUACUGCAGAAGACUUAGAUGCCAGGAUGGCCAACCUGGUUGAAGUAUUUUUGCUGGAGGUCUAUAGGUGCAAACUAUGCCAGUUUACCAGCAGCUUGAAAAAUAAAAUCUGCCAUCAUGUGUCGGAUGUUCAUCAGCUCGAUCAAACACCUCUGAUUCCAGGAAGCACUGAACACGAGGAAAGUGAUUCUUAUGGCAUUGGGGAGGAUAUGGCCCAGGACAAUAAAGAGAAUGAGGAAAACUUAGAAAAAAUCCCCUUCUUGUACAGAAUGUUAAACACUCUGAGUCCAGGGUCGUGUGAUAUGAGUCUUGGGGACCAAAGUGGUAAUAAUAAUAUGGUCGGUGCCAGUGAAGUGAAUUCAUUAUUUGAAGGAGAACAGUCAGAAUUUCCCUUAGAUGAAUCUAUGCCAAGUGACUCCAUGCCACCUUCAAGCUCUGUGAAUUCUCCCAAAAGUAAAGAUGAAGAUGACGCUCAAUGUGAGCACCUCUUGUCUCUGGGUCUUUACCGCAUUUCAAACCUGAGACCCCUUUCUUUACCAACUGAAGCAAAGGUUCCUAAAAGUAAUUUGGUAGAAGAAUCCGCAAGGAGCAGAUGUAGAAAACUGGCAAAUCCGCCCUCCUUGUCAGCUGACCACAUCAAAAACAAUGCUGACAAGAAACAAAGCUAUAAGUGUUCUUCUUGUCAACUUGAAUUUGAGACAAAGGACACGUACAAAGUACACGUGCAGUGCCACAAACAUGGUGGUGGGUUCACCUGCUUGUAUUGUGACUGCUUCAUGAGUGAAUGGGACCCAAUGGAAAAACACAUAAAAAGCCAUCGUCUGGUAAGAAAGAGCUACCAAUGUCAGGUAUGUGAGAAACGGUUCAUGACUCAGAGUGCAUGGAAAAGCCACAUGAGAGGCCAUGACCAGAAGAGUGACGUGUUCUUGUGCACAAAAUGCCCAUUAUCAUUUGACAGUGAAAGUGUUAGAAACCUGCAUGUGACCUGUCAUAGCGAAGAUGUCUUCAAGUGUUGUCAAUGUGGACUUGUGGAGCAAGAAUGGAACAAAAUAUAUGAGCAUUUAUGCACACAUGACAGCAGUUUAAAGCCCUUCACGUGUAGCACAUGCAGCAAAAGAUUUUUCACAAAAUCACAAAUGAAAGCCCACUCCUCUAAGCAUAAAAAGCACAAGGUUCUUGCUUGUUCAUCCUGCAGUCUAACAUUCAAAAACAGUCACCAAAUGAACAAACACCAAAGGCAUGAUCAUCUGAAACAGAGUAACAAAGACUGUAAGGAGAGUGCAAAGGAGAAAGUAGAGGACCAAAGUAGAGUCGAUGUCCCUAAAGGUUCCUUCAAUCUGCAGAGAAUUGAAAAGCGAGAAUUCAUUUGUGAGAUUUGCAACAGGAAGUGUUCAUCAAAACUGGCCUUACAGAGACACAUGGGAGUACAUGCUGGAGAUAAGCCAUUUCAUUGCUCACACUGCGAAUAUAAAACCAGACUUAAAGCUUCUCUCACACAGCAUAUGAGGGUGCAUACAGGUGAGAAGCCUUUUAAAUGUCAACUCUGUUCCUAUGCGUCAAUAGAUGCCAGUUCUCUCCGUCGGCACAUGAGAACUCACACCAGUGAGAAGCCGUACAAGUGUCAACGCUGUUCCUACAGCUGUAUUCAAAAGAAAAGUCUCGAUCUGCACAUACGACGUCACCACACUGGAGAGGUGUUCAAAUGCAGCCUCUGCCAGUAUUCCACCCCAGACAAGCAACUUCUGCACAAACAUACCAAGAAGCAUCAUACCAAUGAGGAUCCCCAACAAUCCAGCGAGGAACCUACCAGCUGACAAAUAUCCACAACAGCAGCCAUCACGUGAACAUGAAACAUUUUUAAAUGUUAUCUUGAAGCAUUGAAACUGUUUGGUAACAUUUUUUUUAAUAGUUUAUACAUUUUAUUACAGAAAAAGUGUGGAUGUAUUUGCAUUAUUGUGUUUGGAGCCUGAGCACAAGACUCAGGCUUUGUGCAGCAAGAAGGACUUUGUCAUGUUGAAUCAGUUGUUCUAAUGAGACAACAUUGUGUUCUUGGUAAUCUUGCAAAUGAAAUUAAGGAUUAGGAGCCUUCUGUUGUCUCAAUCUGUCCAUACCACACCUCUUUCUUACUAAUAUGGACACCUCCAAAGGGUCAUUGUUUAACUGCUCAGGUACAAAAAAGUAUGAGAGAAAAAAAAUCUUAAGCAUACAAAAAAUCUUCCUAGCCAUGUUCCAGUUUGCAUUAACUACUUUCGUAAAGUGAACCAGCAAACAUACCGGUUUUUCAGAACACCAUUUAGUUUUAAAGUAGACUUAUCAUUGUUCACUCACUGUCCUCCCUGAAUCAUAUCAACUUGAAGUGUUUAAUCAUAUAAAAUGCAUAAAGCACUGUUCUAGAAAAAAAAAAAAAAGGAUAAUAAUGUCCCUUGUAGAGGACAGCAUGUGAGCCCUGACAAAUCCACUUUACGCUGGUGAGUUAUCACAAAACCGAUGUUAAAUAUAAUGCCAAAGUGCUAAGAUUUGCCUGCCCCACACAAAUGUUCAUGCAUGAGUGCUCCAAUAAUUGUCUCUAAUAAUUUAACUUUUCAUCUUGUCUGCUAAUUUAUUCCUCAUCCUUCCCAAAUCACCCUUCAGUGUUUAAGCCUUGCACAUCUGAAUAGCAAUACCUGCAGACUUUGAUCUUGCAGACUAUCCUGAUAAAACCAGGAUUCAUACCAAUAUCAACAACAGUAGAAACUAACACAAAGCUUGUGCAGAUUAUUGUACAGAAAUUAUCUAUAUUUAUUUAUAGCAGAUGCAGGAUUAACAGUAAGCUACUGAUGAACAUUACAUGUAAUAUUAUACUUGACUGUGAUUUUUAUUUUAUAAUUUAACUUUUCAAGAUUUUAAUACUUUAAGUAUUUAAAGUAAUGCUUUAAGUAUGUUUUUUUUUUCCGUUUUAUAAAAUGUUUACGUAAAAAACUUUCAAUCAUAUAUAUCAGUAUAAAGUAUUCAUUUACAUUUGUUCUCACCGCACUGGGACUGACAAAGCAGCUCAAAAAAACUCACAGCAAAUGAAGUCCUGACUAAUAGUUGAUGUCAUUGUGUCACCAUAAUAAUUAGGCAAAGAGGUGCACAGCAUAAACCAACCAAAUACACUAACAAACAGACUGUUAGGAAAUCUAACCCUUAUAAAUAGGGACUUCUAGGUAUAAUAUGAACAUGGUGGUCUGGAAGGAUUUCAGAAGGCUUCUUGCUGCAAUGACGAUGAUAAUUAUUCCGCUGUUGCACAGUAACCAGCAUGUAACUGCCUAUACAGUUGCUAUUGACCACAGCAUCUGGGGGUUAAAGAGGGAAUGAAGUCUGAUACAGUACAUGGAUGAUGGGUGAUGGAUAUCUACAGCCAAAAGUUACUAUGUAUGGCAUGGGCUCAACCCCUGAGCCAGCUCCCCGUCCAAGACCCGGCAAUGGAUGUACAUGUACAUUCAGAGUUGCAAGGGGGUUAUUCAUGUAUAAAAAGUCUCAAGGCUAUUAACUGUUCAAAUAAUAAACUACUGUGCUUUAUUUCCACCCAUAAAAUAUUAAGUUUUUAUUUCUUUUUAGCAACACUGCUUAUCUGGGAUAUUUAGGACAGGCUGCUAGACUGUGUCACAUGACCCAUAUUCUAGCUACAACACUUGAAGGAGUUAUCCAGGAAUAGUAAACAUAGCUAAUCUCUUCCAAAAACUGCACCACUUUUGUCCACAGAUUGUAUGUGGUAUUACAACUUCACUCCAUUCAAUGGAACGGAGCAGCAAUAUCACACACAACGUAAGGACAAGUGUGUGUUGUUUUUUUUUUUUUUUUAUAAAGAAAUUGGCUCUGUCUCUCUAAUCCUGGAUAACCCCUUUAAAAAUUUGUAUAUGCUCUCUGUAUAUCUAUAUGUAUUUCGUUACAACAUGCUACACAUCAUCACAGUUUAGUAGAGAUAGCUUUUAAUAGUCUCCAGGAACUUUCAUUGCUAAGGCCCUUUUAACGCAGGUUGGGCCCAAUUUGGACAAUUCUACCUUGUGGUGGAAUUACUUUUGUUGCCAAGGUUUAGACAUUAAUGGCUGUGUUUUGUUAUUUUAGGGGACACAACAUUAAACACUGUUAUACAGGCUGUGCACUCACUUCUUUAAAUUGUACCGGAAUGUAAUUUCUUCAGAGUGGUUAAAUAAAAAGAUAUAAUAAAAUAUUUAUAAAAAAUGCAAGGGGUGGCCUCAC